UUGUCUUCUUCAUUCGAGCAUACUCUCAAUCAAUCCUCUUCCUUGCUUUGUUGCUUUGGGUAAGCUUCUUCCAACAAUGAAUGCAACUGAUCUUUGGGGAGAAAUCGAAAGUUCUGAGAGUUACCUCGUGUGCUCUAUGUAUGAAGAAGCAAAGUCAUCAUCGUCCUCCACACUGAAAACAAUAUUUGGAAACAUUGAUGUUUUAUCUGAGGAGGAAGCUCUUGGUGAUCACCAAUUGCAUGAUCUGUUGGAAUCUGCUGGUAUGGUUUUAGUCCAAUCCUUGCAUGGAAUGGGAAGUUGAGAUUGUAAACGAGUUGAGAAAUGUGUUUGGCGAAAUUGCAGCUAUCCCUGUUCAAGUUCUUCUCACUGGAAUAUGCCUUCAAAUAUCAAAUGGUUCCUACUCGGGUGUAAGUGAGAUUCUGCAAGAGUUUUUUAGCAUAUAGGUUUACAAAGACAACCACUAUAUCCUAAAUGAUGCUAGAGUAAGUGCAAAAGGGCUCCAUGGGAAAAUAUCUUUGGAUAUUGAUGAGUUCUUAGAAGUUGUAGAGCUGUAUACCUUUGGAGUUCUUGCAAAAGUUUCUGAUGAUGUGGGCCUAGCCAUUUCAUGGGUUGAGAAAGCUGCAUUGCCUGAGGAUAGACGACAUGGGCUUUUGAGAAGAUUACAUUCUUUAUUAUCCCUCAAAACAGCAAACGUUCCAGAGGCUAGUUCUUUAGAGGAAGAUUCCAAGGAUUCUUCUUCUUAUGCCGUAGUGAAUAAGCCCAAGGAUUCCAAGAAUGAGAUUGAUUCUGGCCUGAAACUCUCUAAACAAUAUGAACCUUCGCCACUUUGGUCAUCCCAUCCUCUAAGCGUCAAGCUUGGUAAUACCCAAUUUAGCAUGUCCAAGGGAAAGGUUGCUAUAAGCCUUGUUGGAUUAAUCAUAUGUUAUGCUUUGAAGAGAAAACAAGCUGCUUUAAUACGGAUCAUUCGCAGACAAAUGGAGUCCACAAGAAAAGCAUUUGUAGAUUUCUGGAAGCUUGCGUUUUCAUACCAAGUGAAUCCUCUUGCAGCAAUUCAAUCCAUACCAAACAGCACAACAUGAGACAAUUGAUGCACAGUAAGAUGGAUCAAAAACCUGAUUUUGCAUUGAAAUAAAGCUGCAUCCUUUUUAGGUUUCGGCUCAGGCUUUAGCACAGCCUAUAUUUUAGUUACUCAAAGGUCUGUUGUAUAAUUAGAUCCUAUGUCUCGAAAAUGUCUUUCUAUGUUAAACCAACACUAUCAUAUGUAAUUUAUCUUUAAUAUUUUUGUGCCA